AUGUGCUGUGAAAUGAGGCCGCGGUUCGGGUUCGGGUCCACCGCGCGGCGCCGCAUCUGGCCUGCCCUCUGCUCCUCUGCCAAGAAGCUGCAUGUCGCGGUGCCGCCAGCUCCACUGGUUGCGAGGAAGAAGAGCAAGGUCAUCGUGAUAUCGGGCCCGACGGGUGCCGGGAAGAGCAGGCUGGCGCUGGAGGUAGCCAGGAGGCUCGGGGGUGAGAUCGUCAGCGCGGACUCGGUGCAGGUGUACCGUGGCCUUGACAUCGGCUCCGCCAAGCCAUCCGUCGAGGAGAGGAGCCUGGUGCCGCACCACCUGAUCGACAUCAUGCACCCGAGCGAGGAUUACUCGGCUGGGACCUUCUUUGACGACGCGAGGGGCGCUACUCAAGAUGUUCUUGACAGGGGUCGCGUGCCCGUCGUUGCAGGAGGGACCGGACUGUACCUGCGGUGGUUUAUGUACGGCAAGCCGGAUGUUCCGCGGUCGUCCGUGGAGAUCUCGUCGAGUGUGCGGUCUGAGCUUGCUGGCUUACGGUGGGAAGAUGCCGUGGAGCUGGUGCUCCAGGCUGGGGACCCCAAAGCUCGGGACUUGGACACAAAUAACUGGGUCAGGUUGAGCAGAAGGCUUGAGAUCAUCAGGUCAUCAGGUUCCCCUCCAUCUGCAUUCGCCUUACCAUACAGCUCAUUCCAGGAACAGCAGCACGGCACCAAGCUGACUGAUUCCCCGAUGGACUGCCAAGUGAAGGAACUGGAUUAUGAUUUCCUAUGCAUUUUCCUCGCGUGCCCACGUGUCGAACUCUACAGAUCAAUUGAUUUGAGGUGCGAGGAAAUGCUGGCUGACACAGGGCGAGGCCUUCUUUCAGAAGCCUCAUGGCUUCUUGAUAUCGGUUUGCAGCCAAAUAUGGACUCCGCAAGCCGUGCGAUGGGCUACUCUGCAAGCCGUGCAAUAGGUUACAGGCAGACCAUGGAGUACUUGUUGCAGUGCAGAGAGAAUGGAGGCAACAGCUCCCCACAAGAGUUCUUGGAGUUCCUGGCCAAGUUUCAGCAAACGUCUAGGAACUUCUCAAAGAGGCAGAUGACCUGGUUCCGCAACGAGAAGAUUUACCAGUGGGUUGAUGCGUCACAGCCUUUUGAGGCGAUUGUUCAGUUUAUCUGCGAUGCUUACAAUGGCGUUGAAGAGAUGGUGGUUCCUGAAUCACUUGAAAUGAAAAGGGAAAGUUGCGUGCACAAAAGCAAUGAUCUCAAAACCUAUCGUUCAGAGAACAGGUUGUUCCUUGGGGAGGAAGACUGCCGUCAAGUUUUGGACUGGAUUAGAAGGACACAGGGAAAGUGAUGUUCUAGUUCUGCUCACCUGUCAUACCUUUUUGUUAUUCGACCAGGAAAUUUUCCGGCUAUAGGAAAUUAAUAUUUUAGAGAUUGCCACAGGAAUUUCAGUUCAUACUUUUAAAUUCUGUCUUCAUCAUAGAUCAAUAAAAAAAGGUUAUUUCAGACUGUAUGGAAUGGAAUUAUAAAUUGAUAGCCCAAUGGCGUUUCUUGGAA